AUGGACGGAGGUCCUUUCGAUGACCCAAUCUUCUCUGAUUUCGGUGGUCGAGGAGGUUCAGGGGUUCAUAGUAUUCAAGUGAUGCUUGGCCUUCAUGGUGGACAUCAUGGUGGUGAUUUAAUGCCCACUGGAGGCCAUCUUCACAAGUUGGAUUCUUCCAAUAGUCCGCCGCAUCAUCAAACGGCUCAUCAUCAUCUACAACAACAACAGCAACAACAAAAGGAGCUGAAGGAAUUAGAAUUAGCUGGAAUGUACGCACCUCUUCCUCAGACGCAAGAUGUAACCACGUCAACGUCCACUGCUGCGACACCGACCUCGACGACAUUACAGCAGGGUCUGCAGCUUGGAAAUCCUUUGAAAAGGAAACCGGAAGAUCCGAUGAACACUCUUGCUCCAGAACAACAUUUACCGCCUAUCAAUUGGAAGAGUUGGAACGAGCGUUUGAACGUGCACCCUAUCCUGAUGUCUUUGCACGGGAGGAACUGGCUUUAAAACUUGCUUUAUCAGAAUCAAGAGUUCAAGUUUGGUUUCAGAAUCGACGUGCAAAAUGGCGGAAGAGAGAGCCGCCACGCAAAACCGCCGGUUAUAUGGCUGCUGGUUCAGCAAGUCCCGGUUUAUCAGCAGGGUCAUUUACUUCGUUGAACAAUACUCUCAACCCUUUCGCCUCGCCAACCACAGCGACAGCACCGCCAGAUGCCUGGGCAUAUUCUCCAGCAUAUGAUCUGGCGCCACAUUUGAACUUGCUUAGCCCGUCUAAUUCUCCAUACUCCACUUCUUUCGGUGGGCCAAGCAACAACGGAUCAGCAUAUUCAUACGCAACGAUGCUUCCGCAACACGAUGUUUCAUUAUUCUCUACACCAUCUGGGAAUACAAUGCGUGUGCAUCAGGAUUACAUGAACGCCAGCAAUAGUCCACCACCUCCUUUAACCCGCAACGAUUAUCAGACUAUGGUGACUACGCACUCACCACCCACUCAUCUAGCUAACUCUAUGUCCGAAGAGGAUCAUCAGCAAAAUAAACUGGAUUAUGUCAGUGGUCUUAGUCCAGCGGAUAAAUAUCAGCACGAACAAUCUGAUUACACACAACAACAACAACAACAACAACAACAGCAGCAGCAGCAAGAUCAGAAACAGGAAUACGGGAUGCACUCACCACAAGGACGUCAAGGGAUGAAGGAGCAAGUGAUGGUGAAAAGCGAGCCAACCAGCCAGCAGAACUACGUGCAGUUGCCUCCUUUUUUGAACUGA